UAUUUUUGUUUUUGAAGAACACAUGUUUUUUUCUUGUUGUUUCCAAUCACGAUCAAAAGGAUCUUUCCAGUUUCAUUACCGGUAGUCGUUCAGCAUGACCGAGGCUAAAAUGGAGGCAAAGAAGCAGAAGCGAAUGGAGUUUUUGAAAGAGAAAAGGAAUAAAAUGAAAGCAUCAAGGGCUGAGACAAAAGGUGCCCCACCCGCAGCAACUCCAACACCCACAGCAAGCAGUGCGCAAAGUCCAAAGCAGCCCAAAAAGCAGCAAAGGAAGAAAAAGCCAUCGCUAGUGCAAGAGAAGCUAGGGGAAAGGCAGGAGAAGAAACAGGCAGGGCCAGCUGUGGCAGACUCCGGAGAUGAUGAGCCCAUGGCAGUGGACGAUACAGUGCCCGAACAGAAACCGGCCUCCACAGAACAAUCGCCAUCCUCAAAGAAACAGAAGAAGCCCAAGAAAGUGAAGAAGGCUGGAUCUGCGAGCGACAUUGCUGCAUCUACGUCCCCAACUGAUGUCGUCUUGGAGGAGGGUGCAGCCCUUGCACAAGCAUUUGGUGCAUCUGGCACUGAUUCCACCACUGCUGAAUCGGGAGAUACCACCAAUGACGCAAAGAAGCGGUAUCUGCUGUUUGUCGGCAAUCUUCCAUUUGAUGUAACCGAAGAGGAUAUCCGCACCCAUUUUGGGAAAAUCGAUGGCUUGCACUGUGUGCGAAUGCUACAAAAGCGUUCCGGUGAGCCUCGCGGAUGUGGUUUCUUGGAGUUUGACACCCCCGAAGCUCGGAAGCUUGGACUACGGAGGCAUCAUUCCAAGAUGAAGGGUCGACGCAUCAAUGUGGAAGUCACAGCUGGUGGCGGUGGAAAUAGUGAUCAGCGUCGUCAGAAGAUCCAGAAGAAAAACAAGAAGUUCCAGAAAGAAGUGGACAAGACGGUCAAGACACUGAAGACAAAGCAGAAAAGUGAACAAGAUGAUGGUGGUGAUGGUGACGGUGAUGAUGAUGAACGACCAAGGACGCCUAGUCGUGGUCGCGGCAACGGAAGAGGUAGAGGGUUCGGUGGACGAGGGCGCGGUGGCGGUGGUCGUGGCAGAGGCGGCUCCAGUGAUGGUGACUCCAGAGGAGGCGGCCGUGGUGGAUUCAGAGGUAGUCGCGGUGGUGGAUUCAGAGGUGGUCGCGGUGGUGGUCGAGGUCGCGGAGGUGGUCGCGGAGGUGGCCGGGGUCGUGGUGGUGGACGAGGCGGUGGUGGUCGUGGUGGUAGUUUUGGUGGUGGUCGCGGUGGUGGUGGACGCGGUGGUGGUGGUGGCCGCGGUGGCAGUCGUGGAGGAUUCAGAGGUGGUCGAGGUGGAUUCCGGGGUGGCAGAGGCGGUGGCCGCCCAUCAAGCAGUGAGUAAAUUCACUCAUGGACUCAGGAGUUAAGACUGUUGACACUGAUGUCCAGAUGGAGUGCUCUCAACCCACUGAUUGGAUUCCAGCAUCAUGCCCUAAGUCUGACCCUUACACGGAACGGAAAGAGGGCAGUUUGUUAGGCCUGUGUGUCAGGGAAGGCUCAAAGUCUUAGUCCCACCAGCCGCAUCCUUGCAAGGAGUGUUUGUGCUGGAGUUUUACUGCUACUAUGAUUGCUGGUUCUUGGACAUCGUGUCAGCGAGGUGCUACCAAGAGUAUAUUGGUGUGGACAACAGUGAUGGUAGUGGCGACGGUCAUGCGGAUAGGUGCCUUGAAUCGCCCGUUCUGCUAUGACCAGUGCAACAUCUGCUUGCUGCAAUCGACGUGCCAAGCAAGUUGGGCGCUAUACAUCUGUGCAAAAUAACCCAUGUCAUCUAACUAUAUUGAUGCUGCAAAGUUACUGACCCUAAGUGUACCAGAAGCAUCUUUUUUCUUUUCUUUUUUACAUUCUUGUUAUAUUGAUAGCUAUAUUGAUAAUUCGACAAAGACUUAGCAGUCGCUGGAUCUCGACUGAAAUCACGGUAGUAUUUUAGUAGACGCUUUUGUGAAAUUGUACAUCACCAAAGUGCAUGUACAUUCCCUUUAUCCCAUCUUGGUACAUUGGAGUUGAAGUGAACGACUUGAGACUGAGAAACCGUCGUCUUUUUCUGAUCUCUGAUCUACGAACAUAGUGGGUGUGUAGCUUUCUUCUAUUGCUCUCCUGUGCAUAUAAUUCUAUAGCUACAGUAGCUCGGCUGGAACUACAUUCUAAUGUUACACUCCUGUAUCACAUUGAUACUUUGCCAGCCGCUGUUGCAGUUGGAUAUGGCUGUAACGUGGCAUGACUUGA